AUGCUGGUGUCCGUUCGAGCAAAUCGCAGAUCAACAGCAGGAAGGGCAACUUUUCAAUGGAUAGCGCCGUCGAACUUCACACUGUCGCAACUACAGGCAAUAAUUGUCAAGAAACUUAACCUCGAGAACUUUCAGGUACAGUUCGAUUACACCCGGAACCCAUAUAAAACGCAGUGCAGUAUAUAUCGCGUCACGAUUCUCGAGGAGGAUUGGCGUCUUUCUGAAGUACUUCAUAUGUUCAAUGUCGAGCAGAGAAAGUUCAGGGCAGACAAGGAGUUUGAGUGUGGCAUCGAUUUAUCCACAACAGAAACUGAUUUAGCUAGCUCUUCAGUAGCAGUUCUUUUUAUUCCAUGCCACACAAUCUUACUAUAUCUUUGGGGUGAAAUUUAA